AUGCCCUCCGUUCGAGUGAAACGAGGCAACUACUCUUCUCUUAUAGACAAACCGCAAAAUGCUCGUACGAGUCUCCCUCCCCUGCAAUCUCUUUUCCAUGCACCCGGGCAACCUGAUACCACCCCCCAAGUGGAUCCCCCGACUUCGAUAGAGGUUGAAGAGAGACAGGAUAUUCUACGAAAAGGAUCGUUGCCUGCGUUUCGAAGGCCACGUACUGGGAGCAGGGUGUACGGUUCCUUACGUCUUGCAGAACCUCUUUUCGGCCAACGUGGUCCCUCUCGCGCCAGCCUCCAGCACUAUACCCCACGCGGAUCGAUAGAACGUGUUAUCACAUAUGAGGGAUCUGCAGCUGAUGUUCAGCUUGUUGGGGAUGACCGACCAAGUCGAAUUGGGAGCGUUUUGAGCAUUCCUCCCGGAAACGACAAUAGGCCAGUCUUUCAUGCACCUGAAGACGAUGGACACCACCACGAUGAUAUAGUUGAGCAUCUUGAGGUUAUUGACCCUCAAGUUGCAACUGUCUCUCAUUUGACAAACGCUGCUAAUUCCAUCUUGAUUCCUCCACUCGCCUGGUACUCUCGAAAGCCUAUUGUAAUGUUGUCUGAACCGCCUCCCUCUGCCGUCGAGAAGGGAAAGAUGUUCGAAGACUCUUUGGAUAGACAUGUAGAUGACGUCAUGAAACGGCGAGCAAGGAUUAGACGUUCGUUAAUGGGUGUCUGGUCGUUCCUAAAAACACCUAUGGGCAUUGUUACUGGUAUUUAUGGGUUUCUUGUUGUAUUUUGGGGUGCCGCCAUUGUACUUUUUCUGGCAAAGAUCAUUAAUUUGCACGAUGCCGACAAGCAAGGUUUUUGGGUGGAGGUUAGCUCACAAGUCACGAAUGGACUCUUCACGGUUACAGGCAUUGGGCUUGUACCCUCCCGAGUCCUAGAUACCUACCGUAUCUUCAAGAUAUGGUACUACAAAAGGCGAACAAAACGUCUCCGUGCCAAGGCUGGCCUACCGCAACUCUAUGAUCCAGAUGACCUCCCGGAUCCUGCGUACGAUCCGAAUUAUGUGCAUGUCCUCACGGAAGAAGAAGAGAAGGAUUUACAUCGCCAACAAGUUAAGUUUCAAUAUCAUCAAACUUGGUACAGACCGCAUGGGACGGAGACACAUAGAGCAUUUCCUAUCAAUUAUGCGCUCCUUAUAUGUUGUUUAAACGAUGGCAACUCCAUAUUCCAGGCAAUGCUUUGCGGUUGUAUGUGGAGCAUGAAUAGGUUAAAUUGA